CAAACUGAGGCAGGCUUUACACAGUGAGUCAAACACUCUCAAAGACAGACUGUCUCCACAGCACGGAGAUAUGGGCUUACUCUAACUGAGACCGGGAGCUUUCUUAAACUCAAAAAAAAACUUUAAAGAGAACCAUAGACUGAGAGAGAAAUAAAGAGACACAUCUUGUCUAGUGUGAUGAACAGCUAAUCCUGGCCAAUACCUUGAGACUUUAGUGUGGUGGGAGAAAAAAAAAAGAGGAGUUAGGACAAUCCUGAGGAUACUACAGAUUAUGUUGCCAUGGAAACCGAAACCUGGAAGCGGACGCAAGGACCACUGAAGGUGGACGACAUCCCCUGACUGCAUCCUCGACACGUUACCGUCCUCCUGCGCCCUGUGGUGAGAGAAUGCUGUGGAGAAUAACUUUACCAGUCAUACUGGUUGGGGUGCUCUGCAUCACGGCAGAAACCAAAAAGCACCGGCCCCAGGGAUCCAUUCCAUCCCCAUACAAGACCAAAGGGAACCUGUCCUCAGAACGUCACCACCGGCUAUUGCAGCAGAAACCAGAGGUGCUGUCCUCCAGCCGGGAGGCCCUGGUGGUGACGGAGCGCCGCUACCUCCGCAGAGACUGGUGCAAGACCCAACCUCUCCGCCAGACAAUCAGCGAGGAGGGCUGCCGCAGCCGCACUGUGGUCAACCGUUUUUGCUACGGCCAGUGUAAUUCCUUCUACAUCCCCCGCCAUAUGGGCCCCAGCUCGAGUCAGGGCCAGAAUCGAGGACAAGCCUCAGGCUCUGGAAGGAAAAAACACAACAAGGUCCAGGAGCCGUUUCAGUCCUGUUCCUUCUGCAGGCCACACCGCAUCACACAGCUCACAGUGCAGCUAGACUGCCCAGACCUGCAGCCCCCUUUCAGACACCGUAAGGUGCAGAGGGUCAAACAGUGCCGCUGCAUGUCAGUGGAUGUGAGCAGCCAUGGGAAACUGUAAAGGAUUUAAGAUUAAAAUAAUACGAGUUUAGUCAAAGGCAGGAAAUUACAAGCUUCGCCAAACAAGGACUGGCUUCAAGUUGAAAUAUUCUGCAAGGUGUUGUACAAAUGAUGGCGUGUCCCACAAUAAAAUGCCAUGGAACUGGUAAUAUUAAACAAGGAUCAAUGAUGAUUAAAUCAGAGACAAGCAGCCAUUUGGGCAAGUCGAUGCUGUUGAAAGACACUGAUUGAAGAAGUGCAAGAGACACUGAUGAUGAAGCAGCAACAUGUCAACAUUAAAACAACAUUUCCUUCCUUUGAUUUCAGUUCACCCGUCUAUUUGUACAUGUUUCAUUAGAUUCAUUUGUGAUAAAGGUGAUAAGAAAGUGAGUUUUUAACUAUAAAACAGCAAGGAUUCUGCUGUUUUAACCUGUUGAGGGUGUUUAACAAUUAUUGUAUCCGUUAUCCAGCAUCUUUCCCUCAAAUCCUAUGUCCGAAAUCAGUCACCGGUUGAUAUCAACAAAAACAUUUCAAAAAAACAUGAAGCAACACAUCAAUGACCAGUGGCAUCCACCUGCUUUGACACGAGCCUGGCUGUAUAUUUGCCACAGAUGUACUAGUCAGUAGGAAAAACAUACUGCAGCAUGUGUAAUGGAGGUGCAUUGCAAUAUAUACAGUAUAUAUAUUUUAUGUAUGUGUGUAUGUAUGUCUGUGAAAAGUAUAUUAAAUCUAUUUCAUAUAAAACCAUGGUGUUUAGAGUGCAUGUUGUUCUGUAACACUUUCACAUUUGGAAAAAUGAGAAACGGAAAUCAAUCAGAAACAGCAGAAUUUUUUAUUACAAAUUAUGUAAUUUCUUUUAUGCAAUAAAUAUAAUUUUUCUGUG